AUGGGAAAUCCAGAGAUCGAUCAGGAUGAGGAGGACAGAUUAGAGUUGGAGCGCCAGCAGAACGAAAACGCACAGUACUCCUUCAGCUCCAACAUCGACGAUCAAAUCAACGACAACCAGAAUACAAGGACAGAGGAGCGCGAUGGGGGCACCGUCAGAGGCUCGUACAGCUACACGGAUGGAUUCGUGAAGCGCACCGUUCACUAUAUCGCCGAUAAGGACGGCUACAGGGUGCUCAAGGACGAGAUGCAGGAUAUUGGUGAUGGACCCCAAUUCAAUCCCGAUGGCCAGGCCGACGUUGAGGGCUCCCUCAUCGGCAAGUACUCGAUCAAGCUGGACAAGAGCGACGAAGACAAGCACUACAAGGACAUCAGGGCUUAAACCUAUACCGUACCCUGUGCUUAGUUAGAGAAUUUCUAACAUUUAGAAAUGGACUGAAUACUUCGUAAAUAUACAACCAUCCGAACGAAACAAAGUUGUAUUUUUUCUCCUUAAUAAAAACAAAAAC